AUGAAUCGGAAGUUAUUGAGCUGUCAGGGAAAGCGGUGUAGUCCUUCUAUGAUGAAAUUGGUGGUUAAAUCACAUAUUUGCAGAAAAGGACGUGAACGUCGAAGGAUUUAUAGCCGAAGAAAUAAAAUUAAAGAAUUAAAUGCCGGAGAUUAUGCUGUGCAUGCUUCAUCAAAACUUCUCAAUGUCAAUCCGCUUUUGCAUGAUUGGGAGUCCAUAUACUCAUCUUAUCGGACGUCAUCAAUAUUCAUUACCACAUUCAACGUUAAUGGGUGUAUACCAAAAUUGGAUGAAAUAUCGGGCUGGUUAUGUUGUAAAGGCAUUCUUCCACCUGACUUUUACAUUAUUGGGCUUCAAGAAAUGGAUUUGUCGCCACAAGCUUUCAUAAUGAAAACAUCAACACGACACGCAGAAUGGAAAGUCAUUAUCGCAAAGUCUUUUCCUGAGGGCGCAAAUUAUGAUAUGAUAAGCGAAAUACGGUUGGUGGGCAUACUGUUGGCAGUUUACCGACGUAUAGGCAGUAAAAUCAAAGUACGUCAAGCCGAAAUUGACGCAGUUAUGGUACCGACCAGUCGAGUGCUUGGAGCAGCUAUGAAAGACAAGGGUGGUGUUGCGAUAAGCAUGUAUAUGAAUGAUACGGCAGUUUGCUUCGUGAACGCACACUUCGCUGCUCAUAUUGAAGGAAAUGAAAAACGCAUUAUGGAUUAUAAACACAUCGUCAAAAGUAUAUAUUUUCGUCGAAAUGGUAAAACACUUUUCGAACAUGAUGCUAUUUUUUGGUUUGGUGAUUUAAAUUUUCGUCUGGAUACUGCAUAUGGUAUGAGCAACAAUGAAUUACGUAAAUUAUGCAAUGAUGAUGAGGCAUUCAGAGAUAUGAUUAUUUACGAUCAACUUAGAAGAGCGAUGAAACUCAAAAUUAUAUUUGAAAAUUUCAAAGAACCGGAGAUUUUGAAUUUUCAUCCAACUUUUAAAUAUGACAUUAACUCCGACAAUUGGGAUAGCAGCAAAAAAAAACGCGUUCCGGCUUGGUGCGAUCGAAUUUUAUGGUGGAAUCAGAAGGGUGUUCACAUCAGGCAAAAGUUUUACGAUAGUGUAUCAUCCGUCAAAUUUUCGGAUCAUAGGCCAGUUAGAGCUCUUUUUUACUUGGGUGUACGAGAAAUUGAUUUGGCCGAAUAUGACAAGGCUUAUCAAAGAGAGUUCAAGGAAGCGAAUCGUCGUCUCAAUGAUUACCGCGAUAAGGAAGAAGAGAGAGUGAAAUUGUGA